AUGGCUUCACUGGCAACCCUUCCGAACGAGCUUCUGGACGCCAUUCUCCUUGAGAUUCCCGCCGCCGAUCUCGUCAGCCUUACACAAACAUGCCGGAAUCUACGCUCGGUUUCUCUGCCAUUGGCUUAUCGCGAUAUUGCCAUCACUUCAAACGGCUCGACCAAUGAUCGCCUACCAAGAAUCAUCUUGCUUCUUCGAACCGUCCUGGAGAGCCCUCGCCUUACAAGACACAUCAAAAGCCUGCGGCUGUUCACAGGAGAGGUGCGCCGUUCAGACACUUUGGCCCAUGAGCGGGCGGAAAUUCUCACCAAGUGGAACGGUCCUCCGCUUCUUGCCGGCGACAUGAGCGGCACGCUGGUCAGCAAAGCCGUCCACGAGACGCAAUCAUCGUGUGCUGCUGACAGGAUCACGGCGAUCUUCGAUGGCGACCUUGCCGCCGCCUCAGCACUGAUCCUAGCGCGUUGUGAACAGCUGGAGAGUGUGACGGUAGACCACGAAUUCGCCCGGCAGGGAGCCAAGUGGCUGACGGCGGUCUUUCGCCAUGGACUGGGGGCUCUGAAGGACGACACCCGUCCGCCGACGUUCAGCAACCUCACAAAGCUUGACAUCACCUGCUAUCCUAGGCGCGACGUUCCUCACUACUGGGAUCACAUUUCGAAAGAGCUAUUCAUGCUGUCCUUGUAUCUGCCCAAGAUCAAAAGCCUGCGUCUUGGGAGAACUCCUCGGAUCGAUGCCUGGGAUGAAGACGCUCAACGCUUCGACGUCGCAUGGCCGUUUCCUGCGGCUCCCGGUGCGGCGAGUCUCACAAGCCUACGUCUCGAUCGCUCGGCGACAACUUUCAGCGGCAUCGAAGAAUUGCUGAAGCGAACACCUAAUCUCCGAUCCUUCUAUUUGGACAACUUCUUUCCAGAGACGUAUCGUCAGGAUUCACGCAUUUUGCGGCAGGCACUGCAGCAUGUACGGCGCACGCUGCUGCAUCUGACGAUCAAAUACAAGGUUACCAGUGAAGACUACCCCGACGCGGACAGCUUGGUUUAUCUGGUCUGCGGAAGUCUCGGCUCUCUCCGGGACCUCGAGGUGCUGGAGGAGCUGGACGUUGCGCUGUGUGUCUUCUACGGCCAGGACAGAGACUUGCAAGCGCUGCCGUCGCUGUCAGAGGGUUUGCCCCCAAAUCUCAAGCGCUUUACUGUCAAUGACAGCUUAUGGGGCUACAAUACCUUUUAUGAAUGGCCGACCCAUGUCUAUGUGCCGCUGCUGCGGGCGUUCCUGGGUGGCGGCUGGAGGACGGGGACUCCGCAACUGCAGGAGUUUGCGUUGGACGCAAGAUGGCUGUGGAAUGGAACUGAUCACGAGUUGACACACGACAUGCGGGGACUCCGUAAAGUCUGCGAGGAACAAGGGCUGAAGUGCACUCUUCCUGAUUACAUGGAUGACGAUGAAUUUUUGGCCGAAGCGGAGGGACCCUUCAUGAGCUGA